UGCGCGACUCCACCGAGCAGGGACACCGACAGGGCACUUGGGUAUUGCACUUUUUGUACUAACCUUUUCUAUUUAUCUAUAUAGCACUCUUUUUCCUCUCUUGUACAUUUCCUAUUCUUAUAAUUUUACUAUGUGCUUUCAAAUCUCUACUGUCAUUACAACUCGUAAAUCUGUUGUAUCACGUCGCCGUGGGAGAAAUAUUAAUAACCUCCGCACUCUCCCUCCUUCCACUAUUGCCUCACUCUCUCUUCCCAUUGGCUUAUGGAACUGCCAAUCUGCUGUCAACAAAGCAGAUUUCAUAACUGCCAUUGCCUCACAUUCUGGCCUUUCUGUUUUAGCACUUACUGAGACAUGGAUUAAACCAGAGGACACUGCCACUCCGGCUGCCCUCUCCAACAACUACACUUUCUCACACAGUCCUCGUACAACAGGAAGGGGUGGAGGAACUGGUCUGCUCAUCCCAAAGGACUGGAAAUUCCAACAGCAAACCCCCUCAUGUGACAGCAACUCUUUCGAAUCACAUAUUGUUACUAUCAUCCACCCUACUAAAAUGCAUUUUUUAGUUAUCUAUCGCCCCCCAGGUCAACUUGGACACUUCUUGGAGGAGUUAGACGUACUUCUGUCUUCAUUCCCUGAGGAUGGAACUCCUUUAGUAGUACUUGGUGACUUCAAUAUCCACCUGGAGAAACCACAGGCAGCUGACUUCAACACCCUGACUGCGUCGUUUGACCUCAAGCGAGUCCCUACUUUACCAACACACAGGUCUGGUAAUCUUUUAGAUCUUAUCUACACACUCUGUUGUUCCACCUACCACACCCAGGUCACCCCACUUCACACAUCUGAUCACUUCCUAAUUACUCUCGACCUCGACCUGACUCCCCCUGUUGCUACAUACAAUCCCCCAUUGGUCACGUUCAGGCGCAACCUGCGCACGCUCUCUCCCUCCCGCUUAUCCUCUGCGAUUGUUUCCACAUUGCCCGCUCCCAGCCAACUCUCUCUGUUAGAUACUGACAAUGCCACUGACACACUUUGUUCCACUCUUACAUCCUGCUUAGACACAUUAUGCCCUCUGACAUCUGAACCGGCCCGGGUCACACCUCCUGCUCCUUGGCUAACUGAGGUUCUCCGUGAGCAUCGCUCCACACUCAGGGGGCUGCAGAGAGGAAGUGGCGCAGAUCGAAUGAUCCUUCUGAUCUCUGCCUCUGAUGUCUCCUCUGCAAAGACCCUAUACUACCAUUCAAAAAUUAACAACUCGCCUGACUCUCACACUCUCUUCAAGACCUUCUCUACCCUUCUUUGUCCCCCUGCCCCACCACCUUCAUCCGACCUAACGGCUGAUGAUUUUGCUUCCUUCUUUGUGAAGAAAAUGAAAACUAUUAGCAGUCAGUUCUCCGAGCCGCCGCUUCUUGCGCAUUCUCAAAUCCCUGAGACAUGCUCCCUUCCCUCCUUCUCUCUCCUAUCCGAAGCAGAUGUUUCCAAGGUCUUGGCUUCUAAUCAUCCGACUACCUGCCCGCUAGAUCCCAUACCCACCCAUCUCCUCCAGGCCAUCUCUCCGUCUGUUAUCCCUGCUCUCACUCACAUUAUAAAUUCAUCACUUUCCACUGGCACCUUCCCUGUAGCAUUUAAAGAGGCCCGGAUAACCCCGUUGCUGAAGAAACCCACUCUCAAUCCUGCUAUGCUAGAGAACUACAGACCCGUUUCCCUUCUUCCCUUCAUUUCCAAGACUCUUGAACGCAUUGUGUUCAACCAGCUCUCCACUUUCUUCACACAAAAUAACCUCCUGGAUAGCAAUCAGUCUGGAUUCAAAAGUGGUCACUCCACUAAGACUGCGCUGCUCUCAGUCAUUGAGGCCCUAAGGCAGGCAAGGGCAGCCUCCAAAUCAUCUGUGCUGAUCUUACUGGAUCUAUCUGCAGCUUUUGACACGGUCAAUCACCGCAUCCUCCUGUCGACUCUCAUGUCUAUGGGUGUCACUGACACAGCGCUUCUAUGGUUCAAGUCGUACCUCUCAGAUAGGUCAUUUCGGGUAUCCUGGAGAGGUGACGUCUCCGAACCCCAACGUCUUGAUACCGGGGUCCCUCAAGGCUCUGUGCUUGGACCGCUGCUCUUUUCAAUAUAUAUGACAUCCCUGGGCUCUGUCAUUCAGAAACAUGGCUUUUCCUACCACUGCUAUGCAGACGACACUCAACUCCACUUGUCGUUCCACCCUGAUGAUCCUACGGUUUCUGCUCGCAUCUCGGCAUGCCUGAGGGACAUCUCACUCUGGAUGAAGGAUCACCAUCUCCAGCUUAACCUUGCGAAGACAGAACUGCUUGUCAUAUCAUCUGAACCAAAGAUUCAGCACAACUUUUCCAUUCAGCUAGGUUCCUCGACCAUCACACCUUCCAAGACGGCCAAAAACCUGGGAGUGGUCAUUGAUGAUCGGCUUAGCUUCACGGAGCAUGUUGCCAGCACCGCUCGCUCUUGUAGAUUCAUCCUCUACAAUAUUAGGAAAAUUAGACCUUUCCUAGAUGAGCAUGCUACGCAGGUCCUGGUCCAAGCUCUUGUCCUGUCCAGGCUGGACUACUGCAAUGUGCUACUGGCAGGACUUCCAGCCUGCACAACCAAACUCCUACAGAUGAUUCAGAACGCAGCGGCAAGAGUGGUCUUCAAUGAGCCAAAGAGGGCGCACGUCACUCCUCUCUUUGUCAAGUUACACUGGCUUCCUAUAGCAGCCCGCAUCAAAUUUAAGGCUCUGCUCCUAGCCUUUAAAACCACCACUGGGUCAGCACCCCUUUACCUUCGCUUGCUUAUAGAGCCUUAUGUACCCUCUCGAUCACUGCGCUCUGCCACCAAGCGAUGGCUUGUGGUACCAUCUCAAAAAGGGAAGAAAACACUAACGCGUACCUUCUCAGGAACUGUCCCACAACUGUGGAAUGAUCUGCCGGUCGUGACACGAUCAGCUGACACUGUAGCUGUCUUUAAGACUCGGCUAAAAACCCAUCUCUUCCACCAUCACCUAACUUCCUAAUUACAGAUUUACUAUCUUUCUUUAGUUACCCUUCUCUUUAUCUCUUUCUCUAUUUACCUUCCU